CAUCAGCAAACAUUUUUAAAUCAGCUGAGGGAGAUCACUGGUAUCAAUGACGUCCAGGUACUACAACAGGCACUGAAGGACAGCAAUGGUAAUCUGGAGUUGGCUGUGGCUUUCCUCACUGCAAAGAAUGCCAAGGUUCCCCAGCUAGAGGAGGCAACUUACUAUCAAACAGCCCUUCCUGGAAAUGACAGAUACAUCAGCGUGGGCAGCCAGGCAGAUACCAAUGUGAUUGAUCUCACUGGAGAUGAUAAAGAUGAUCUUCAGAGGGCAAUUGCCUUGAGUUUGGAGGAAUCAAACAGGGCAUUCAGGGAGACUGGAAUAACAGAUGAGGAACAAGCCAUUAGCAGAGUUCUAGAAGCCAGUAUUGCAGAAAAUAAAGCAAGUUUAAAGAGGACACAUCCUGAGGUAUGGAGUGACUCUCCAAACCCUUAUGAUCGAAAGCGGCAAGACAACUGUCCAGUAGGAUUAAAGAAUGUUGGCAACACAUGCUGGUUUAGUGCUGUCAUUCAGUCAUUAUUUAAUCUACUGGAGUUUCGAAGACUAGUUUUGAAUUUCAAUCCUCCUGCAAAUGCUCAAGACUUGCCUCGAAACCAAAAGGAACAUAGGAAUCUGCCUUUCAUGCGUGAAUUGAGGUACCUGUUUGCACUUCUAGUUGGUUCGAAGAGAAAAUAUGUUGACCCAUCAAGAGCAGUUGAAAUCCUUAAAGAUGCUUUUAAAUCAAAUGAUUCCCAACAGCAAGAUGUUAGUGAAUUUACACACAAAUUAUUAGAUUGGUUAGAAGAUGCCUUCCAAAUUAAAGCUGAAGAAGAGAGGGAUGGAGAGAAACCAAAGAACCCAAUGGUGGAGUUGUUUUAUGGACGAUUUCUAGCAGUAGGUGUGCUUGAAGGUAAAAAAUUUGAAAACACAGAAAUGUUUGGCCAGUAUCCACUCCAGGUUAAUGGCUUUAAAGAUCUGCAUGAGUGCCUAGAAGCUGCAAUGAUUGAAGGGGAAAUAGAAUCUCUCCAUUCAGAAAACUCUGCCAAGUCUGGUCAGGAGCACUGGUUCACUGAGCUUCCUCCUGUCUUAACUUUUGAGCUAUCAAGAUUUGAGUUUAAUCAGGCUUUGGGGAGACCGGAGAAGAUACACAACAAAUUAGAAUUUCCUCCAAUUUUGUAUCUGGACAGGUAUAUGCACAAAAACAGAGAAAUAACAAGAAUUAAACGGGAUGAAAUCAAGAGACUCAAAGAGUACCUCACAGUUUUACAGCAGAGAUUAGAACGAUAUUUAAGCUAUGGUUCUGGUCCUAAACGAUUCCCCUUGGUAGAUGUCCUGCAGUAUGCCUUGGAGUUUGCCUCCAGCAAGCCGGUGUGCACGUCUCCUGUCGAUGACCUGGGUGCUAGUGCGCCUGCCAGUGGCACGCUGCCAGCCCAGACCAUGCCCAGCACAAUAGAGCAGCAGGGGCCUUCAUCUUCAGAUGUUCCAAGCACAUCUCCUGUACAAAGAUCAGUAAUACAUAAACCAUUUACACAAUCACGAAUUCCUCCUGAUCUGCCAAUGCAUCCGGCACCAAGGCACAUAACUGAGGAAGAACUGUCUGUCCUAGAGGGGUGUUUACAUCGCUGGAGGACUGAAGUGGAGAACGACACUAGAGAUUUACAAGAAAGUAUAUCUAGAAUACAUCGGACAAUUGAAUUGAUGUACUCUGACAAAACAAUGAUCCAAGUUCCUUAUAGGUUGCAUGCUGUGCUAGUUCAUGAAGGUCAAGCUAACGCAGGACACUACUGGGCAUAUAUUUAUGACCACCACCAGAACAGAUGGAUGAAAUACAAUGAUAUUUCUGUGACAAAGUCAACUUGGGAAGAGUUGGAGCGGGAUUCUUUUGGUGGUUAGAAUGCCAGUGCAUAUUGUUUAAUGUAUAUCAAUGAUAAGGAACAAUAUUUGAUACAAGAGGAAUUUAACAAAGAAACGGGACAGAUCCUUGUUGGAAUGGACACGCUACCUUCUGAUCUUAGGGAUUAUGUCAAGGAAGACAAUAAACGUUUUGAAAAAGAACUCGAAGAAUGGGAUGCCGAGCUUGCUCAGAAAGCACAGCAGGAGAAGUUGUUAUCUCAGAUACCCAGGGCACCAGCACCCUCACCUGCUCCAGUUCAAGCAGGAGAACCAGAAUAUUUAGAGCAGCCAUCAAGAACUGAUACUUCAAAGCACUUAAAAGAAGAUUCUGUACAAGCAAUCAAUAAAGCUUUAGCUGAACAAGAAGAUAGAGGUCCAGAAGCUAUAAUGGAUACGAGCUCUGAUAAUGCCCCAGCUCAGCCAGCUUCUUACCAGCGAGUUGUAGAGGUGGCGAUUCCUGAUGUAGGGACUUUUGUGAUUGAGUCAGAGGAGGGGGGUUAUGACGAUGAGGUCAUGCUGACCCCGAACAUGCAAGGUAUUAUCAUGGCUAUAGGUAAAGCCAGGAAUGUUUAUGACAGGUGUGGGCCAGAAGCAGGGUUCUUUAAG